AUGUUCCGACUAAUAUUAAAUCAACAGUCUAAAUUAAUUACUCCAGAGUCAUUUUAUAUCUAUAAAUUGAUACCAUUCAAAUCAUUAUCAUCCUCAUCCAUUAGACAAAUUCAAAACCCAUUCAAAGUAAAAUCUUUCAAAUCAAAUGAUGAUAGUGUUGAAUCAGAUACUUUAAUAAGUGAUAAUAAUCCCUGGUCCCCUACUUUGGAAGAAGAUCCAGUAUUUGUACAAGAAAGGGAUAAAUUUUUCAAAACUCAAUUACCUCCACAAUAUAGAUUAUCAUACGCUCCCAUAUAUGAAGCACCAGCUUCAAAAUAUGUAUCAAUGUUAAAGAGAUUAACUUUAAGUUUUUCAGUUAUUGGGAUUUAUGGAUCUAAAUUAUUAUUUGAAAGUUCACAAUUUGAUGACUCUUUUGCUUAUAGUUUGUUAAUUGGUGUAUUUAUACCUGUUUUAUUAGUACAAUAUAAAUCAAGAGAUUACGUUACUAGAAUUUUCAGAUUAUAUAAUAAAAACUUACCACAGACUUUAAACAAUUUAGUAAAUGAUGAGAAUUUAAUUAUUGAAAAAUUAGGAUUUACAGGUGGAAAGACAUAUAAUGAGUUAUUAAAAAUCUCCAAUAAUCCAAAUUUAAAAUUAUCACCACCACCUAAAGUUUAUAAACCUUAUACUACUUGGGAAGAAAAAAACCCGAACACCGGAAUCAAAAGAGAAUUUUAUAUAGUUGAUAAUGUUGGUGGUAUUAAAAUGGAUAGAUUAUGGGGUAUUGUUGAAAAAAAUUCAAAUGUAAAUAAUGGUAGAUCUGAAUUAUUAUAG